AUGCAACGGUUCAGCCGUCACCCAUCAUUCAUCACCCAUCAUCACCACCGUCUCAUCACUCACUCACUCACUCUACCCCACUCCACUCCACUCCACCACUUGACCUAA